GCAACCUGAAUUCAUUCCAUAACGGUGAUAACGGUUCAUCAAGGCAUAGACAAGACACAACGGAGAAGAUGUCCGGCUAUCAGGGCAAGAAGAAUAUUCCCCGCAUAACUAGCGACCGUCUCCUGAUCAAGGGAGCGAAGAUUGUGAAUGAUGACCAGUCUUUCUGUGCUGAUAUCUACAUGGAGGAUGGUCUGAUAAAGCAAAUUGGGGAGAAUCUGAUUGUCCCUGGCGGGGUGAAGACCAUCGAAGCUCACGGCCGCAUGCUGAUGCCGGGCGGCAUCGACGUGCACACGCGAUUCCAGAUGCCCGACCGCGGCAUGACCGCGGCCGACGACUUCUACCAGGGCACCCGCGCCGCCCUGGCAGGGGGCACCACAAUGAUCAUCGACCACGUGGUAGCAGAGCCUGGGGCCAGUCUGAUCUCGGCCUUUGAGCAGUGGCGGGAAUGGGCCGACUCGAAGUCCUGCUGCGAUUACUCUCUCCACGUGGACAUCACCGAGUGGCAUAAAGGCAUCCAGGAGGAGCUGGAGACGCUGGUCAAGGACCAAGGAGUCAACUCUUUCCUGGUCUACAUGGCGUACAAAGACGUCUUCCAGCUGACCGACGCUCAGAUCUAUGAGGUUUUCAGCGUGAUCCGGGAUCUGGGAGCCGUGGCACAGGUCCAUGCGGAGAAUGGAGACAUCAUUGCUGAGGAGCAGAGGAGGAUUCUGGAGCUGGGCAUCACUGGACCAGAGGGGCACGUUUUAAGCCGUCCUGAGGAGGUUGAGGCGGAGGCGGUAAACCGUGCCGUGACGGUGGCCAAUCAGACCAACUGUCCUCUCUACAUCACCAAGGUGAUGAGCAAGAGUGCUGCUGAUGUCAUCGCCCAAGCCAGGAAGAAAGGCACUGUGGUGUACGGAGAGCCAAUCACUGCCAGCCUUGGUACAGAUGGCUCCCACUAUUGGAGCAAGAACUGGGCCAAGGCAGCUGCCUAUGUCACGUCACCGCCCCUGAGUCCCGACCCGACCACGCCCGAUUAUCUCAACUCACUCCUCUCUUGUGGAGACCUGCAGGUGACUGGCAGUGCCCACUGCACGUUCAACACUGCCCAGCGCGCCGUGGGCAAAGACGACUUCACCCUCAUCCCUGAGGGCACCAACGGCACCGAGGAGAGGAUGUCCAUCAUCUGGGACAAAUGUGUGGUCACUGGGAAGAUGGACGAAAACCAGUUUGUAGCUGUCACCAGCACCAACGCUGCCAAGAUCUUUAACCUGUACCCGCGGAAGGGCCGCAUCGCUGUGGGCUCCGACGCAGACCUGGUCCUCUGGGAUCCCGACGUGACCAAGAUCAUCUCAGCCAAGAGCCACAACCUGGCUGUGGAGUACAAUAUCUUUGAGGGACUGGAGGUGAGGGGAGCUCCUCUGGUGGUGAUCAGUCAGGGAAAAAUCGUGCUGGAGGACGGAAACCUCCACACCACGGAAGGCUCCGGACGCUACAUCGCGCGCAAGCCCUUCCCCGACUACGUCUACAAGAGGAUAAAAGCUCGCAGCAAGUUGGCUGAGCUGCGUGGGGUCCCCCGUGGUCUCUACGACGGCCCGGUCUGUGAGGUGUCUGUGACGCCCAAAUCCGUCACCCCUGCGUCGUCUGCCAAGACCUCUCCUGCCAAACAGCCGAGCCAACCUGUCCGUAACCUUCACCAGUCCGGGUUCAGUCUGUCCGGUGCUCAGAUUGACGACAAUGUCCCUCGCCGUAACACCCAGCGCAUAGUGGCGCCCCCUGGUGGUAGGGCCAACAUCACCACCCUGGGCUAA